CCGCUCUGCGCCCAGCACGACGAGCGCCUCAAGCUCUUCUGCGAGGAGGAUGAGGAAGCCAUCUGUGUGGUGUGCCGGGAGUCCCUGCACCACCGCCCGCACACCGUCUACCCCAUCGAGGAGGCCGCGCAGGUGUACAAGGUCAAACUCCAGAAAUCCCUUGAGCAUCUUUCAAAGGAAGCAGAGGACGUGAAGAAGUGUGAGUCAGCGGAAAGGAUGAAAACUCAGGAGUGCAAGGAGACGGUGAAGAAAAAGCGGGAAAGGAUUGUGAGCGAGUUCGGGAAGCUGCAUCGGCUGCUGGCUGAUGAGGAGAAGCUGCUGCUCCAGAAGCUGGAGGAGGAGGAGAAGCGGAUUCUACUGAUGAUCAAUGAAAACCUGGCCAGACUGGUGGAGCAGAAGUGCUUGCUGGAGGAGCUGAUCCUGGAGAUAAAGGAGAAGAGCCAGCAGCCGGCCGAUGGGCUGCUCAAGGACAUGAAAAGCAUCCUGAGCAGGUGUGAGGGGGUGAAGUUACACUCCCCCAAAGCUGUGUCCGUGACCCUGAAGGAAAACUACAGCAUCCCUGAGCGCUGCCUGGGCAUGAGGGACAUGCUGAAGAAGUUCAAAGUGGAUGUGACUCUGGACCCUGAGACGGCACACCCUGAGCUCAUCCUGUCUGAGGACCGCAAGAGUGUGCGGCGUGGGGGCAAGAAGCUGCUUCUGUCCCUCUUUGACAACCCCAAGAAGUUUGGCACCGCUCCAGUGGUGCUGGGGAGUCAGGUCUUCUUCUCAGGCCGCUGCUACUGGGAGGUGCAGGUGGGAGACAAGCCUGAGUGGGGCUUGGGCCUGUGCCGGGAGUCUGCCAGCCGGAAAGGCAACGUCCUCUUCUCCCCAAACAAUGGCUACUGGGUGCUGCGGCUGCAAAACGGGGGCAACUACGAGGCCCUCACCUUGCCCAUCUCCCCGCUGACUCUGAGCGUGAGACCCCGGCGCAUUGGGAUCUUCCUGGACUACGAGGCAGGAGAAAUCUCCUUUUACAACGUGAGCGACCGCUCCCACAUUUACACCUUCACUGACAAGUUCUCGGGGAACCUCCGGCCUCUCUUCUUCCUGGGUGCCUUUUUGGGGGGAAGAAAUGCAGAGCCCUUGGUGAUCUCCUGGGUCAGGGACACACAGGGAACCGGGUGCAUCAUACUGUGA